AUGUAUAAAAGCCAGUGUUGGGCAAAGAGUGUCGUGUUUGAUGGUUUCUUUUUUAAAUAUGUUCCCGAAAAGUCAUUAGAUUCUAAAACGGUCGCAAUUUGUGUGAAGUGUUUACCGAAAAAGACUGUCCAUAUCAAAGGUCAUCGCAACAGUUCCUCAAAUUUUGUAAGUCAUUCGAAGCGUAUACAUGGAUCUACAGCAGUUGAAGAAUAUCAUAAGCACCAGGACGUGUCUAAAAAACAAAAGAAAAGAAAAGUUGGAACCUCUUCUUGCAAAAAUAGUGUAGCUACACUGAAAGUAAAGGGUCCUGUUUCCCAAGAAGAUUUCGAACGUGAUUUGGUAAAUUAUUUUAUUCACUCCAUGAUACCCUUACGAGCUAUAGAAAAUCCAUACUUUCUUCGUAUGAUUGAUAAUUUGGACACAAACAAUAACGUUAAAAUUCCAAGUCGGCGAUGUCUUAGAAAAAAAAUAGCACAUUACUUCUAUGAACAAAAAUGUGAAUUGAAAAAACAACUAGAAACUGCAAAACAUCUUUGCACUACUACGGACAUCUGGUCCGGAAAGAGAAGAAGUUUUCUGGGAGUUACUAUUCACUGGAUUGAUCAAAAUUUAGAAUGGAAAUCAGCUUCUAUAGCUUGCCGGCGAUUUAAAGGUGUACAUUCUUUUAAUCGCAUUAAAGACUUGUUGUUGGACAUAUACAGUGAUUUUGAACUGGACACAUCAAAAGUUGAGGCUACAGUAACAGAUAAUGGCUCGAAUUUCGUAAAAGCGUUUCAAAUGUUUGGAGUAAAUUCAAAGUCAAUACUAGUUUCAACGAAUGACGAUGAGACCGUUGCUAUCAGUGACAGCACUGAUAGCGAAAGUGAAGACGAAAUUCAACCUAAUUUUAAUGUUUAA